ACAAGAAAUUCACACUGCAACUUCACUCUCAGAUGAUUAACCCAAUCUAAUCCUAUAAAUAAUCCCCACACCUCCUAAUUCUUCACCUUUUAUCCUUCAUAUCAUACAACCCCUAUCAUUAUACACACACACACACACACAUCUCCUUUUUCUCUCUCUGAAAAUACAUCGAUGGCGGAGAAACCCAGCUCUCUCGUCUUCACCGUUCGAACAAAGCCAGAGCUGAUAACUCGCAAACCAACUCCUCACGAAACAAAACUGCUCUCCGACAUCGACGAUCAAGAGGGUCUUCGUUUUCACAUUCCUGUAAUUCAGUUUUACAGAAACAAUCCCUCCAUGCACGACAAGGAUCCAGCUAGGGUUAUCAGACGUGCAUUGGCAGAAACUCUGGUGCAUUAUUACCCGUUCGCCGGUCGUCUCCAUGAAGGUCCUGGCCGGAAACUUAUUGUGGAGUGCACCGGAGAAGGUAUUCUGUUUAUUGAAGCUGAUGCUGACGUCACGCUUGGUGAGUUUGGUGAUGAUCUUCGACCUCUAUUUCCGGGCUUAGGGGAGCUUCUUUAUGAUGUUCCUGGUUCAUCUGCAGUUCUGGGCACUCCUCUGUUGUUAAUUCAAGUUACACGCCUGAAGUGUGGCGGCUUUAUCUUCGCUCUCCGCCUGAACCACACCAUGAGCGAUGCAUUUGGUCUCGUCCAGUUCAUGACUGCUGUGGCGGAGAUGGCCCGAGGAGCAAACUCUCCCUCUGUCCAACCCGUCUGGGAAAGACACUUACUAACCGCGAGAGACCCGCCGCGAGUGACCUGUGUUCACCAUGAAUAUGACGAGGUGGAGGACAUUAAGGGCACCAUCAUCCCUGUCGAUGACAUGAUCCACCGCUCUUUCUUCUUCGGUCAUACUGAAAUGGCCGCCAUUUGUCGUCUCCUCCCUCCUCACCUUCGUCGCUCUUCCAACUUCGAAGUCCUAACUGCGUGUCUAUGGCGUUGUCGUACCAUCGCCCUCCAACCAGACCCGGAAGAAGAAAUGCGGAUUAUAUGCAUCGUUAACUCCCGUACUAAAUUCAACCCACCAUUACCCACUGGUUAUUAUGGUAAUGGGUUCGCUUUUGCUGUUGCUAUAAGUCAAGCAAAGAAAAUACAUGCAAACCCAUUAGGGUAUACUUUACAGUUAGUGAAGAAAGCAAAAGGGUUGGUUACAGAGGAGUACAUGAGAUCGGUGGCAGAUUUAAUGGUGGUGAAGGCUCGGCCGCAUUUCACGGUGGUUCGGAGCUACCUGGUGAGUGACGUGACCCGAGCUGGAUUUGGGUCAAUAGACUUCGGCUGGGGUGAGCCAGUGUAUGGUGGUCCGGCGAUGAGUGAAGUCGAAGCGAUUCUGGGAGUGGCGAGCUUCUAUGUUACGUUUAAGAAUAAGAAGGGAGAGGAGGGGAUUCUUGCGCCAUUAUGCUUGCCAGCGCCGGCUAUGGAGAGAUUCGUGAAGUUACUGAAUGAGAUUUUGAAAGAUGAACCAAUUGAUUCUUCUGAAGAAAAUAAUAAAUCAGUGUUUAUUGUGUCAGCCAUGUGAAAUAUGAGUGAGUAAUUAAGAUGUAUUAUGGUUAUGUAUAUUUUGUUUGGAAUGUAUAUUUGCACGAAUUUGGAUAUGUAACUUAGUUUUUGUUUAUAUAUAUAUAUAUAUGAUUUUAAGUUUAUA